AUGUCCCACAAGAAACGCAAUAUGCUCUCGAAAGCAGAAAACGAAGCACUUCGGACUCUGAAGGCCGACAAAAGCAUUGUCAUACUCCCGGCCGAUAAAGGACGAUCGACGGUCGUACUAAACAAGGAGGACUACGUCAACAAAGUCGAGGCCCUUUUGGGCGAUAGAACUGCCUACAUUCCUUGUGAAGGGGAUAUGACGAAGACUCUAAUGAGCAAAAUCAACAAGGACCUGGCAAGUCUUCGGAAGUCAAAAGCGAUUACACGGCUUGACUGGCAGAGGAUGAAACCAAAGGAUUCCGCGAUCGCGAGGUUCUAUGGUCUACCCAAGGUCCACAAACCAGGAACCCCCCUACGACCGAUCGUUUCUCUAAGAGGCACACCAACGUUUGGCCUGGCUAAAUGGCUGUUCCAGCGUCUGAAAUUCCUAACCCAAGGUUCUGAAACUACCAUCCACUCAGCAGAACGAUUCCUUGAGAAACUGCAAGGUAUUCAACUUACAGAUGACGAAGUGAUGGUAUCUUUCGACGUGGUAUCACUCUUCACUUCCAUCCCACAACAUCUCGCGGUUGAAACUGUGCAAAAAUUGUUAGAGCAACGUUAUAACGAGACGGACAACAAGCUUAAGAUAAAACACCUUGUCGAUCUCCUGAAACACUGCUUGAAGACCUUCUUCACCUUCAAUGGAGCCGCGUACGAACAAGUUAAAGCACACCGAUGGGGUCGCCGUUAUCCAGCUUGA